CUCUGAGGUCUAUUCAGGCGUGUACGAUUGAAGGGCGGCCAAAACUAGCGAGGAGAGAACAAAUGCCGAUGAGGUUCGUAUAGGUUCCCAAAGAAACUUGGAUCCUUGCGUUAGCAGCGGCGAACGAGUAACUCAAAACCACCGACCGAGCGACAUUCCCCCUUUCCUGCUAUUCCCCAACCUUUCUCCCCACCUCCCUUCGCGAUGCUCUCCACCGAUUGCACUCCAGCUUGACGGCAAUGGCGGAGAACUCCACCUCCUCCUCUCCUCAGAAGCCCCUCGGCACCCCGAGCGGUGGCGACCCCAUCCCCACACCAAACACCCAAAACCCUAAUCUCCCCUCCCCCCAGAUCACCGCAUCCCCUUCCAUCAACGACCUCUCCCAGAUCUCCUCCCCGCACAUCCCCCAACCCCAGCCCCAAAUCAACCCCGCCGCCGCCCUAGAUUAUGCUUCCAAGCAAUCCCUGCAGCCCCAAUCCCAGCAGCAGCAGCAGCAGCAGCUCCAAGCCCAGCAACAACAGCUUCAGAGCCAGCAACAGAGCCUGAUGCCGGGUUCCACGAGCUUCCAGCUCCAGCAGGGCCUCCUGAGAUCGGGAUCGAUGCCGAGGAUAAGCCAGCUUCAGCAGCAGUACGGCGCGGCGGUGGCAGCCAGCGCGAUGCGGCAGCACACCGGGAUGUAUGGCGGGCAGAUGAACUUUGGCGGGGCGCAGAUUCAGCAGCAACAGCAACAACCGCAGCAGCAGCAGAUGGCUGCCGGAAUGUCGAGGGCCGGGACAUUGGGGCAGGCCAGCCAGCUGCCUAUGCUGCCCGGACAGAGUGCAGCCCAUCUAAAUCUGCAGUCCCAGAUGCUUGCACAGUUGCAGCCAAGGCAGAAGAUGGGAUUAGUCCAAGGUACACAGUUUCAUCCUGGUAAUUCAUCAGGGCAGGCGUUGCAAGGAAUGCAGGCAAUGGGGGUGAUGGGUUCACUCGGUUUGAAUCCGCAGCUAAGAGCUAAUGGGCCUCUCUCAUAUGGUCAGCAACGUUUUGCGCAUGGGCAAAUGAGGCAGCAGCAGCUGUCGCAACAAAUGGCGCUCACAUCUCCUCAGAAGCUACCUGGUCAAAGCUUACCGAGGACGCCAUCACUUGCAGCAAUGAACCCUCAGCUACCUGGUUUAACUCAAAAUGGGCAAUCAGCAUUGAUGCAGACUACUCUCUCUCAGCAGCAGCAAUGGUUGAAGCAAAUGCAGCCAUCAAUGGGUGCACCAGUUUCUCCUUCUUAUCACCUUCAACAACAACAGAGGCAGCAACAGGCCUUCUUGCCGCAACAAUUGCCUUCAUCUCAGCUGCAUCAAAAAUCCAUGGGCCUGACUCAACAGCAAAUCUCUCAACUAGCACAACAGCAGCCGCAGCUGGGCACUCAGCAGCAGCAGCAGCAGCAGCUACAGCAGUUGCAGCAGCAGCAGCAAUCUCCAAGGAUGCCAGGGCCUGCACUCCAAAAGUCUUUAAGUAUGACUGGAUCACAACCAGAAACACCUGCAUCUGCCACAACUAUGACUGGUGGUAGUUCAAGUCAAGGAAUGGAAGCAACUAAUCAACUUCUUGGAAAGAGAAGGAUCCAGGAUUUAGUUUCACAGGUGGAUCCCCAAUGUAAGCUGGAUCCUGAAGUUGAAGACCUCCUUUUGGAGAUGGCUGAUGACUUCAUUAAUUCAGUUACCACAUUUGCAUGCAGUCUUGCAAAGCAUCGUAAGUCUUCAACAUUAGAGGCCAAGGAUGUAUUGCUACACCUAGAGAAAAACUGGAACUUGACCAUUCCUGGUUAUUCAAAGGAGGAGCAGAAUCAGCAAGGAAAAUCUGUAUCUGUUGAUGUUCACAAGAAACGUCUGGAAACGGUCCGGUCAUUGAUGGAGUCCCAGCUGUCAGAAAGAGAUGUAAGUGUUGCCAAAGGUACAACAAAACAGGUUGCAAGCGAUUCAGCUAGUGAUCAUCCAAUAAAAGCUUCACCUAGUUCAGAGCACUUAUCCACUUCGGCAAUUGGCUCGCAGAUGCUGCACAAAGUACACCAGUUUUAGCUGUUCUUAUUGCACUUAUAUGCUCUCCACCUCCAUUGCUUUUUGCUACCCAGACCAGCUAUGUAAAUAUGUUCAGUAGGUUUCGAUCCAUGUCUCUUUGAUGACUGUUUUAUGUUGUGAGCCUGGGCUAUUGAGCAGGCGUGACCAUUGGGCUCAAUCAUGCAAGGCUUGGAAUAAGAUUUUUGCUUCAGUAGGUACUGGAAUAAAGCUGCUUCAUAUGUGUUCAGCUUAUUUAUUUGAUCAGCUUUAUGUCAUAGAUGCUUCAAAUAAUCAAGAUAGAAAAAGUAUGUUUAGCCUC